AUGCCAGACGUGACAAUUAAUAAUGUUAUUGUAAGUUUCCCUUUUAAACCAUAUCCGAUACAAGAGGAAUAUAUGGCAAAAGUGAUAGAAUGUCUUCAAAAUAAUAAAAAUGGUGUUUUGGAAUCUCCAACCGGCACUGGAAAGACACUCAGCCUUUUGUGUUCAUCUUUAGCUUGGUUAUUGACAAAGAAAGCUCAAUUACAAGCACAAUCAUUAAUUGGUGCAAUUGAGAAACCUGAUUUUAGUGGACAUUUUUUUAAACAAUUAAAUAAUGAACUUAAGGAAGGUGCAGGAAAUUCUGUGUCUGUCAAUAAUUUUAAUUGGACAGCACCGAAAAUUAUCUAUGCGUCUAGAACUCAUUCACAGCUUUCACAAGCAAUGCAAGAAUUAAAAAGGACUUCGUACAAAUAUUUAAGUGCAACUGUUUUAGGAUCUAGAGAUCAGCUUUGUAUUCAUCCAGAAAUUUCCAAAGAAACCAAUAGUUCAAAUAAGAUAUACAUGUGUCAUUCUAAAAUAAAAUCUAGAACAUGUUUAUAUUACAACAAUGUUGAAAACAGGAAAGAUGAUCAUUUUUUUAAACAGGAAAUACUUGACAUAGAAGAUUUAGUAAAAGCUGGACAAAAAUUUAAAUGUUGUCCAUAUUUCUUAUCCAAAGAACUUAAGCAAAAUGCUGAUAUUGUUUUUAUGCCAUAUAAUUAUUUACUAGAUUCAAAAUCACGAAGAACACAAGGUAUAGAUAUACAAAAUAAUGUUAUUCUCUUAGAUGAAGCACAUAAUAUUGAGAAAACAUGUGAAGAGGCAGCUUCAUUACAGAUAUGUAGUACAGAUAUUGCAAUGUGCAUUGAUGAAAUAACAGCUGUAAUGGAAAAUAUGGCUAGCGAUAUUGAACAACAAAAUGAUUUUUUAAUAGACAGUUCAACAAAUACUCAAAAAGAUUUUACUGCGGAUGACUUGUGCAUUUUAAAAACUAUGUUUCUAGAACUAGAAAAAGCUAUUGAUGCAAUAGAAAUUCUAAAACGUGAUGAGGGAGAUACACUGCCUGGUGGAUACAUCUUUGAAUUAUUGGAGAAGGCACAAUUAACCCAUGGCAAAGAACAAUUUGUAAUAGAGAAGUUAGAGAAAAUUGCUUUUUAUUUAACAACUACAAGUAUUUCUCCAUUUACAAGAAAAGGUAAUGCACUUCAAAAAUUCAGUGAUCUAUUAAAAACUGUAUUUAGCAAUGGUAAUAGUGUACGCUAUAAAGAAAAGAUCAAAGAAUGUUAUAAAGUAUAUAUUCAACUAGAGGAACAGAAAAAAACAAAACAAAAUGAAGUUUGGGAAAAAAAAAAAUUACCUUUAAAAAAUGAAAGCAAAGUUAUUAGUUACUGGUGUUUCAGUCCUGGAUUUAGUAUGCAACAAUUAAUGGACCAAGGCAUACAUUCAAUAAUAUUAACAAGUGGUACACUAUCUCCUUUGAAACCUUUCAUAUCUGAACUUGGAAUACCAAUUGAAAUUCAACUAGAAAAUCCGCAUAUUGUAAAAGGAGAUCAAAUUUGUGUCAGUGUUCUUAGUCAAGGACCUGAUGGUUAUUUAUUAAAUUCUUCUUUUAAUACGAGGAAUGAUCCAAAAUAUAUAGCAUCUCUUGGACGAACAGUAUUUAAUUUUAGUUGUCUUAUUCCUCAUGGUCUAUUAGUUUUUUUUCCUUCGUAUCCAAUAAUGAAAAAGUGUAAAGAAGAAUGGCAAAAUGCAGGUUUGUGGACUAAAAUUGCAGAUCGUAAACCUAUAUAUGUGGAACCACAAUACAAAGAUGGUUUUGUAAAUGUUAUGAAUGAGUAUUAUCAAAAAAUUAAAGAUCCCUCUUCUAAAGGAGCUAUUUUCAUGGCAGUUUGUAGAGGUAAAGUGAGCGAAGGACUUGAUUUUGCUAAUGCAAAUGGAAGAGCUGUAUUAAUUACAGGUCUUCCAUUUCCACCUUUAAAAGAUCCAAGAGUUAUAUUAAAACAGCGGUAUUUAGAGGAAAUAAAAAAACGAGAUAAAGAGACUUUGUCUGGUCAACAGUGGUAUCAACUGGAAGCAUCACGUGCUGUUAAUCAAGCCAUUGGCCGUAUAAUACGUCAUAAAAAUGAUUAUGGAGCUAUAAUUCUUUGUGACUGUCGAUUUGAUAAUCCAAGUUUUAAAAAACUUUUAUCCACUUGGCUCAGACCUCAUAUAAAAAAUUUCACUUCUUUUGGUAUUAUUGUGAAAGAAUUAAAAGAUUUUUUUAGAUAUGCGAAAUACACUUUUCCACAACCGAACUUAACUGAUGUAGAAUCAGCAAAUAGUCAUGUUUCAUUACCAGCAUUAUCAGCAUCAUUUGAUACAAUAAUGUCUCGCACAGUCAAAGUUACUUCAAAACAAAAAAUUGAAAAUUCUCCAACUGAAGAUACCUUCAAUAUUGAUCAUUAUACUAAGAAAGAUGAGAAAGAUAAACAAUUGAUUGAAGCACAAAAAAAGGACUUAUUUGAACUUUUAAAGACAGAAUCAAAGCCUGUAAUUAAUUUCAAUGACUGUAAAUUAAAAAAUGAUUAUACUAUUUAUGAAUUAACAAAAAAUAUCAGUGAACCAGCCACAAAAAAAAGAAAAAUAAAGAUGUUACCAAUAGAAGUUAACGAACAUUUAUCUGUUCCUUCAACUUCUUCUUGUAGUGAACAUGCAGACAAUACAAAGUAUUUUCAACAAAUAUUUGAAGAAACUAACAAUGAUACUGAUAAAAAAGCUUUUGGCAAAGCGUAUUUGAAAGAGAUGUCUUAUUUUAUGUUCUGGAUUAAUAAGAUCCAAUAUUUGGCCUUCUAAUAAUGUUUCUAUCUCUGAAGAUAGUGGAAUAGCAUUAAUUUCUUCCAAUGUUAUUUUUAAAUCUGUUUUUACUUGCAAUACAAUAUUUGACUCUAACAAUACACUAAGAUGUUGUUUAAUAUUCUUCUUAAAACUUGAUACACCAAGAAUUGGUGCACCCACUGCAUUGUUUACUAGCAAUAUUGCAGAUCCUAUGAUGCUUAAUCUGCUAGUCUUAUCACGCAAUUCCAGUAAUCUACUUUGA